GAGCGAGAGAAUCGGCAGCGAGGCAGCUGUCACUUAACAUGUGAAUGUUUCAAGGGCGGCCCGCGGGGUCUUUAGAAAACUCUUUCUUUUUUUGCCCCCGUCCCAUUUUUCAAGCUGUAGCAGCAUGGAGUUUCUGAGCCACAGUAGGACCCAGAGGAGGGGCUUUGUUGGCUGAGAAGGGGGAGAGGGUGAGCGAUAAAGCCCCGGGAAGGUGACGGAGGCACUUUGCCGCCUAGCUGCCCGGCACAGGAGCAACCUGAGCAGCACAAGCGUCCCCGAGAAUGCCAUCGCCGUGCCACAAUAUGGAUCCAGCACAAUCUGACCUCCGUGUGGAAACUGCUCUUGGCCGGGAGUCGUGGGAGUGCAACUGAGCCGUUGGAAUACAUUGUCUCCAUCCGGGUGCACUAUCCUGUCUGCGGUGGCAUUAACAAGGAAGGAAUUCCUCUAUCGCGGCUCCCACAACAAAGAAGAAAGGGAGAGGAGCAGAGCUGGUGGGAGGAGAGGCGGAAUGAGGGGAGGGGUGCGCUGUGAGGGUAGAGGAGGACAUUGUUUGCCUGUGACUGUGGGCAACGGGAAAGCAUGAGUUAUCAGAGCAUGGGUGAGUGUGCUCAGAAAGUGUGUUUGUAUGUAAGCAAGUGUGAAUGAGCAGGCUUGAUUGAGUGUUUGUUGGAGGGAGGAAGCUUGUGUGUGCGGCGAGCCUUCAGUUUGGGAUGUUGGAGUUGGGAGGCCGUUCAAGGGAUGCUCAGACAAAGCUGGAUUUUUUUUUCUCCUUUCUCUCCUUUUUGAAUGGUAAUUGAGGGCCGGCUGGAUUCCUUUACUCAUGCUGUUGUGCUCAACUGUGUUUCUGGGUAAGUGUGGUUCACGCAAGGCUCAAACCGCCAAAAGUGCCAGUAUCACUGUAAUGGUUUAGACAGAGUUAGACGUAGGUUUUGGACUUUGAUGUCCAACUGUACUAAGAACUGUAGGACUGUAACCGAGGGGAUUAUUCUAUUUGAGUAAAAAGUAGGAGUGUGGCAGGAACAGUCCAAACAGCACCAGUGUGAAUGGAUCAUUCUCAUGUAGCUGAAGGAUCUCCCGCAUGCAUGGCCAGGGGGCCUUACCUCAGCUAUCACCUCAUUAGCCUCUGGGCUGAAGGAUUAUGGGUAACCUCAUCAGCCGACCCAGCUGUCUGGGCCAGAAGUCCAAGCAUGUGAGGUCGGACGAGGACUUCCUAAAGGAGUGCUACCAACGACGAAGAGAGUGGCAACCCCCAGAGCAGCAUGGCGAGGUCAAACAAGAGGAAGCCAUUAAAGACAAGCCCAGGGAGGAUACGGACAAGGGCAGAGAAGUGGAGAAAGAAAAGGAGGCACAGGAAAUCGACUGUAGGAGGGAAGGGGGGACUGUUACUCCCAUUUCAGAUAAACCACUUCGCAGCUCUCCCGCCUCAACGAUCAGGAGCACUAGUACUCUGGAGAAUGCUUGGCACAGCAGCCCCUCGCCAAUGAAAACCUCCCGAAAUGGGACGCUAACAAGGAGAACGGUACCCCCAGACUUUGCCAGAUCCCCCUUGGCUCACUCAGACAAGAGUGCUGCAGAGAGAAGGGCCAGCUUCCAAAGAAGGGACUCCAGAGAGGGAAGUCCCUGGUCUUGGAAGACUGUGGCAUCACGUGAGGUUACAGAGGUGACAGAGGUGACGGAGACGGUUGUAACUGAAAUUGUGGAAGUGACUGAGUAUCCAUCUGGAGACAAAGGAGGGGACCCAAUAGUUACCAGAACCGUUAGAGUCCUAAACGGAGUGGCCGAGGAACUUGCUGAGCUCCAAGGUGAUGGUUACUUAAGCUCUGACCAGGAUUCAAGUCUGGACAGAUGGAGGGGAAAGCCACCUGCCCUGACACUGAGGGAUGUGUCAACGGACUCAGACACCUUCCUCCAAAAUCUGGAAGCCCUGCUCACAUGGGUGUGUGAGAUAGAAGAGCUCACAGCCAAUCAGAAGCCCCCGUCAUCAGAGGUGAAAGUGGUAAAAGCGCAGCUUCAGGAGCAAAAGCUCUUGCAGCGCCUCCUGACAGACCGUCAGCACAGUAUGGACUCUAUGAUGUUGAAUGGCCCUUGCCUCGUAGAGGCUCAAAGUGGAGAAGAGAGGGAACAGGCAAAGGUCAAGUUCUCCGCUCUCAAACAGAAGUGGGAGACCUUGCAGCUGGAGGCAGAGCAGAGGAGGACGAGCCUGGAGCUCAUCCUUCCAAAGGCAAAGCUCUUCCAGGAAGGAGUGGACGGCUUGCAGCAAUGGCUUAUAUCUGUGGAACAGACAUUAGCUAAACUACGCAAUGCUGAGAGAGUGAUGCUACAUCUGUCAGACGCUACAGAUCAGGCCAAGGCUAUUGUUGAAGAAAUUCAAAUCAAAACUACUGAGUUAGGGAAAAUACAGGAAUCGGGUCAGGAUCUAAUGGCAGCUAUUUCUGAAGAAGAAGCCCAGCAGGUGCAGGAGAAAAUGGACGCUCUGCGAAUCCGUUGCUCGGUGCUGAGUCUGAGCAGCCUGGACGUGUCGCAGAGGUUGGAGCAGGCCAUGGAGGCCUCCAGUCGCUGCACCUCCAGCCAGGAGGACCUCCACCUGUGGCUGAGCCGCAUCGAGAGGGAGCUGCUGAGUGCGGCAGGAGCACAGACCCAUGGGGGGGACGCAGGGCUGUGUGCUGCUGAGAGACAGAGGCUGGAACAGGCCGUGGUGAAGGAGGUGUCCUGGUUCAGAGACACAGCGCUGAGUCUUGAAAAGCUAAAAACCAUUCAUCUGGAUCCAGGGAGCAUAGCAGAGCAACUCUAUGAACAGAAGAUUUUGGCCGUGGAGAUUCUUCAGCACAGGUUCAACAUUGAGAAGAUGGUGAAGAUUGCUGAAGUAUUGAUGACAUAUAGCGAUGAGGGAGAAACUGACGAUCUUCGGACCCGAUUAGACAGCUUACAGGAACAGGCCAACACCACCUCAGCCACCAGUUCCCACGUGGUGCUGCAGCUUGAGCACGCUCAGUCGCUGCUUCUCCAGUUCCAGGAGGGCUUUUCUGAGGUUUCACCCUGGCUUGAGGAAACUCAAAGCCUUAUUGGCCAGCUGUCCCUCAACACAAUUAGCUAUGAAGCAUUUCGAGAACAACAGGACCUAUUGCAGGGUCUGAGGGAGUCCAUAGCAGAGCACAGGCCUUUAAUCUCACGCCUUUGCUCUGUGGCAAAACGCUUGUCAGAGCUAAAUCCUAUUCAGGGUGAAAGCUUCUGCCUGAAAGCGACAGAGGCUGAGGAGCAGCAUAGAGCCAUCAGAGACCGGGUCAGAGAGUCAGCCAGUCUACUUGAGGUGUCCUUGCCUCGCUUCACACAGCUGAACGAGAGGAUGAACCUCAUCAGAGAGAAUCUGGACCGCCUGCGAGGUCGUAUACAGACUCCAACCUCACUUCAAGGCCUGACCCCAAGGAUCCAGGAGCAGCUGCAGGACAAUAAGCACAGCCUGGCUGAGCUGUCCAAGCUGGAGCUGGGCCUCAGCAGCAUUAAAACACAGGCAGAUGAGCUCCUGGCCAACACUCCAGCAUCCGGUGACGGAUCCAUUGGCGCAGCUAUCCAGGAGCAGGUGUCCAGCCUGUCCCAGAUGUGGGAUGAGACGCACACUCAGGCCAAGGAGAGGGAAAGCUGGCUGCUCAAACUCCUGGAUCUGUCUGUGAAGUUCUGGAGUGAUGUCAGCGAUGUCACGGCUGCUCUCAGUGAAGCUCAGCAGGCAGUUUUAGAUCUCAAUGCUAGCAGGACAGACUCUGAAACCAUCCGCCAGAGCCUGGAAACCAUGCAGACUCUCAGGGAAGAUAUUGACAGUUUUCAGGGAGACCUGGACACUCUUGGAGUUUUGGGAAUGGACCUUAUGUCAGCUUGUGGAGAUACGGACAAACCAGACGUAACAAAGAGCCUGGAUGAACUCUAUUGCACAUGGAACAACUUGAGCAAGCUCUGGAACGAAUGCCACAAAAAGCUGGAGGAGUCCUUGCAGGUGUCAUUACACUAUCAAGACACUAUGCAGGGUCUUUUUGAGUGGUUGAAGUCUGCUGAGUUGAGGUCUACUGAGGAAUUCAUGGUAGAAACUGACCUGGAAUCAGUAAAACAGCAGCUAUGUGAUCUCAAGGAAUUUAAGAGAGAACUUUACCAGAAGAAGAUUGAGAUAGAAAGCCUCAACCACCGCUUUGUGUGCCGGCUUUCUCCAGGUUCGGAGCGUCCAGGCUCAGUCUCACCGCUGUGUGACUUCAGACAGCGCUGGGACAACCUGGAGUCAGAGACUGUAAACAGACAGCAUCAGCUGGAGUGUGCUCUUCUAGGUCUGGGUCAGUUCCAAAACACACUGGAUGAGAUGCACACAUGGCUGUCACGUACGGCUGAACAGCUGCAGGGCAGCCAGCCUAUAAGCAUCGACCUACAGACCUGUGAAAUAGAACUGGCCAAACACAAGGUCUUGCGUAAUGAUGUCAUGUCCCACGCUCGUACAAUGGAGUCCCUUCACCAGGCAGGCAGGGGGCUGCUGGAGACUGGGUCCGGAGACAGUCCGCACGGUCUGCAGUCUCGACUAGAGCAACUGAAUGAAAGCUGGGAGUUUGUCCGCUGUGAGACAGAGCGCAGGCAGUUGGAGCUAGAGAACAGGCUUAGUCAGGUUCAGGAUGUCACAAUGGAGCUACAGGAUCUUCUGCAGUGGCUGGAAAACACAGAGCUGAGGUUAUCCUCCUCCAAGACCAUGUGGGGGAUGCCAGACUCCACCAGUGACAAGCUCAGUGCACACUUGGAAUUAUGCAGUGAGAUGGAGUCCAAGCUCCACAGCUACACAGAUGUGAGGAAUGCCAUCCACAGAAUGCUGGAGAGCAGUGAAGUAGUGCGGGGAUCGAGCACCGAACACAACAUGUACAUCCUGGAGCUGAAAUGGGCGUCUGUUUACAGUAAAGUCCAGGAGCGAAAGGCUAAGCUUACUGAGGGACUGAGUCUGGCCAAGGAGUUCCACAGCAGUGUUCAGGAGCUUCUCACGAAGAUGAGCAGAUGUGAAGACUCCAUUGGGCUCCUUCCGGCUCCCAGUUUCGUUCUGGAUGCAGUCAGUGCUCAGCUGCAGGACCACAGGGCGCUUGUGAACGAGGUGAACGGGUACGGUGAGAAGAAGACCACGGUGGAGAACAUGGGCUGCAGGCUGACCGAGCUGAGCAGGAAGGAGGACCGCGAUGUGGUCCACAACCUCAUCAUGACUGUCCAGGACCGCUACAAAAAGCUGCAGCAGUGUGCUUCAGAGCGAGGCAGAGCGCUGGAGGACGUCAGAAAGCACGCGAAGCAGUUUAAUGAGUCCUGGUGCCUGCUAGUGGACUGGAUGGCCGAAGUGGAGCAGACAUUAGACACACAUAAAGAGAUCGCUGUGUCCCACGAGGAGAUUAAACAACAGCUGACUGAGCAAAAGGUGUUCCAGAAACUGCUCAGGUCCAAGAGGCCCAUGUACGAGGCCACGCUGAAGAGUGGCCGCGGCCUCCACGAGAAGGCUCGAAGCAGCCACGACAGACAACAUCUGGAAAACCUCCUGGCUGAACUCAAAGACACGUGGGACACCAUCAGUGGCAAAUCUGUAGAGAGGCAGCACAAGCUGGAGGAGGCUCUUCUGUUUUCAGGCAGAUUCACAGAUGCUCUGCAGGCACUGAAUGACUGGCUGUACAGAGCGGAGCCCCAACUGGCUGAGGAUGUUCCUGUGGGUGGAGACAAAGACAUGGUUAACAACCUGAUAGACAAACACAAGGCUUUCCAGAAGGAGCUGGGGAAGCGCGCUGGAUGCAUAAGGACUCUGAGGCGCUCCGUGAGGGACCUGACCAGGAGCAGCACAGCUGACGCCCACUGGCUGCAGGAGCAGAUGGGUGAACUGGAGAGUCGCUGGGAGGCUGUGUGCAAACUGUCAGUCAGCAAGCAGGACAGGCUGGAAGCUGCACUACAGCAGGCGGAGAAAUUUGAUGGCCUUGUCCACUCGUUCAUGGAGCGGCUCACUGAAGCAGAGAGAAUUUUGAAAUACGGCAUCAUACCAGAGGAGGAGGACGCUUUGCUCGUCUUCCGCAAACAACACAAGGAAUCAAUGAGCCUGUUGCAGGCUCAGGCAGCGGACUUAGAGAACAUCCAGUGUCUGGGUGAGGAGAUCCUAGCUUCCUGUCACCCAGACUCCAUAAUCACCCUCAAAUCCUGGAUGAGUGUCACAAAGACCCGUUAUGAGGAGGUUCAGACCUGGGCCCAGCAGCAGGGGCAGAGAAUCCAGACAAGCCUGGCAGCAAUAGAUGCCGAAAAACAGGAAGUUCAGAGGCUUCUGGACUGGAUCUCAUCAGCGGAGGAAUCUCUUAACCUCAGAGAUCAAGAGCCUCUGCCCGAGACUACGGAGCGAAACCAAGAACUCAUUGAACAGCAUGCAGUGUUCAUGGAGGAGCUGAAUAAAAAGUUCCCAGAGGUUGAAAAUGCUACAAAAUCCUGUAAACACAAGAGCACGUCUAAACAAGUUUCUCCACGCAAACGGCCCCUCACAAAGAGGAGAAGUACUCAGAAGCUCCAACCCUCUGUACCUGUUCCCCUGGAGCACCUUGACCCCCAGACGCCACAGCUCAAUCAGCUGGUCAGUCAGUGGCAGAAACUUUGGCUCCUGGCCAUAACGAGACAAAACCAUCUGGAGCAGCAGCAGCAAAUGCUCAAUGAGAUGGAGGAAUUUGCCAACUUUGACUUUAAUAUUUGGCGAAAGCGUUACAUCCAGUGGAUCAGUCACUUGAAAUCACGCAUCUUAGAUGUGUUUCGGAGCAUCGACAGGGAUCAGGACGGACGCAUCACCCAGAAGGAGCUAAUCGAUUACGUCCUGGCCUCCAAAUUUCCUACCAACUCCCUGGAAAUGAAUGCAGUGGCAAGCAUCUUCGACAUGAACAGUGACGGCUUCAUCGACUACUAUGAGUUCGUGAGCACCCUCCACCCCAGCAGGGAUCCGUACAGGAAAACACUGGACGCAGACCAGAUCAACGAGGAGGUGAGCCGCCAAGUGUCACAGUGCAACUGUCCCAAGAGGUUCCAAGUGGAGCAAAUAAGCGCCAACAGAUACAGGUUUGGAGAUUCCCAACAGCUGCGGAUGGUUCGUAUCCUGCGUAGCACGCUGAUGGUCAGAGUGGGAGGCGGCUGGACAGCUCUAGAUGAGUUCUUGGUCAAGAACGAUCCCUGCAGAGUAAAAGGUCGGACCAACCUGAAGAUCAAGGAGAAGUAUUUGUCUCCUGCAGGAAGCACUUCCAAGGGUUUGACUGUCAGCAGGUCCAACUCGAGCCUCAGCCUCUACAGCAGCGCCUCUGCUCCCACGAGCCCCAUGACACGCAAGGCUUUACUUCGCAGAAGUUUCUCAGGUGACCGCUGCGUACGUCCCAGGAGCUCCAUCGCUGCUUUGGGGUCUGAUCUCCACUUUGCCACGACCGGGGAGGACAACUUUCCUUCACCGUCAGAUGAAGCCGAGAGGUUGCCCACAUGAUUACCUCAGCCUCUGACCCCCAUGUGUAUCCUGCGGUGCUGGGGCCAAACACGGCCUUGGGGCCCAGUCAUCAAGCCAGGAGCAGAAAGAAUAAAAGUUGCAUGUCUACAUCGGACACAGGCAAAAUAGAGCGGAGGAGGUCACUAGAGGUGAAGCUAAAGUGCUUUAAGAAACAAAGACGAUUAAGUGUGGACAUUGAUGAUGUCAAUCCAGAUGCCUCUGUUGCAUUUCAUAUAGUAGCAUCCGACUGAGUAGACAGAAGGAAUUAAGACGUUCUGCAUGGAUACUUAUUGCAUGACAGCCAGAGCCUUGCUUACGCCAGAUUUCCUUAUCUGGCUUGUUGUUUUUUGUGGCUGUGCAGCACUAAGAGCCACAGAGUGGGGCUCUGGUGGUGCGUUUAGACCAUCGGGUACAUGAAGCUGUCGGGCCCCAUUGAACAUCCAAAUAUAUAUAUGUAUACCAAAAGCCUGACUGUGAGAAGGGUGCCACAUGCUGACCUUUGUCGUUGUUAUACAGAUUUUUGCUUCAUGCCAUGAAGGUGACAUGGCUGGCACGCCCACGCUGCUUUUGUCUUUGUCUUUUUCGACGCCAUGUUUUAAAAUAAUUAUGUAUUUUUACGGUUCUUUGCUGUAAAGACUUUUGAAACACUGGAGAUUCCAUAACGGACAAUGCACUGACGUACAGUACAACAGGUCAUUGUUGAUUUGUAGAGAUUAUUUUCUCAGGAUUGGUUUUGCAUUUGGAUGUAAAUGUAUUUCUAUGGAACAUUACUGUGAAGAUGUAGACGAGUUUUCCUUAUGACACUGUACUUCCUAGAAACGCUUUUUUUAGCACGUUGUGUUUCAUAAAAAGCACUUUUUUCUGUGUCCAGUUACAGCAGAUAUACACCAGCUUGUUGCCACAAUGAGGCCAAUUCAUACUGAAACACAAUCUAUAAUUUUAGUUUGACACACAAAAUAACUAUUUCAUAUUGUUUUGCAUAUAAUCAAAGAAGGGUUUGUGUUUAGAUUUUUGGCUUCUGACUCAUUAUAGCCUGGAUUCUGGUUGUCUUCUAUUACUCUACAUGUACAGUAAGAUCUGUUUCCUCGUGAUCCUGAAGGCAUCGCGAGGCUUCAUUUGGAAGAGCAAGAAGCCCCACCAUCAGCGACCACACAGGCUAUGCAGCGCAGCACAGUGGCAGUACAACACAUGAACCGUGAAGGCAUCAGACUAUGUUAUCAACCAUGUUUAUUCACUCUUUUUCCCAACAGAGAUUGUAGCUUGUACAGUUUCUAAGCGAUGAAGUACAGUUUCCUCUUGGCCUUAGUCUUUUGGUGUUAGAGGAAGGUUGACGCUUUACUGUUUACUGUAAUUACAAUAUCCAGAGUUCACUUCUAUAGCUAUGCACCCUAAUCCUGCUGUGUUGUAUAUAUUUCAAUGCCCAGCACUUGUUCCAACUAAUGCUUAAUUCAGUUAAACUGUAGAGGAAUGUCACUCGUUAUUUUACGUCCACUUAUCUUUUUGUAAUAAAAAUAAAAACAUUUGCUACGAUCA